CUUUUUUUCUCCUUUGUGUAAGUGUUACUCUGCAGUCAUCUCUAAAUACUCAGGACAUUAGCUUCACAUUAGCAGAAGGAGUCGAUAAUUGCGAGACUAUAAUCUGUUAGAAAAAGUGUUACUUUGCAGGAUUUUACACUGUAAGGGGGGAAGUUCCAAUGUGCUUUGAAAUGAAAGAAGAAUUAAUUGUGCUUUUAUCCAAAUGAAUUGACAUCUUUAUGUGUAGGAGAAGCUACAAGUUGGUAAAUAUUUAUUUCAAGAAUCAUGACUACGAAGCACUUGGAAGUGCAUUAGAGAAGUAAAUGCUUUUCCAGGCAAGGACAGGAUCUGCUUGUACCUCUGUGGCUGUGGGUAACGUGUGAACACCGUUCUUGGUGACAGGCCAAGGGAAGGGAUACCCUACUAUCCUGGAGCCACAGCCAUACAGCCAGUACCAUGUCUACCAUACAAAGAAAUGGCAGCAGCCACCUAGUCAACAGUUUGCACACCUGUAGACUGAAGCCUCCAGAGGAACAGCAACAUCAAGAAAAAUCUAUCAUUGCUCAACCAAUAUUUGUUUUUGAAAAGAGAGAACAAACUUUUAAGAGACCUGCAGAAGACAUCCUGUACGAAGCAGCAGAAUGUGAAUGCAAUGAGUUUUCAAGAAAGCGUUUCCGGGCUUCAUCUUUUACUUGGCAUACUACAGCUUCUCAGAACCAAGGAGUGAAGAAAAACAAUGUUUUUAUGACAUCAAACUCUGUGCAAAGGCAUGCUGAUCUGAACAGUGCAGAACAAGGUCCUGUGAAACAUUCUGAGCUUGUUCUAAGACCUGCUAUUUUGCAGCCUCCUCAAGCUCAAGGGUACAUAAAAGUGAGAAAAUCAUUUGGACACAAUGUGUUGGAAUCCUGUAAGGUUAAAGAAAAAAACAAAAGUAAGAUUUAUGAGGGGAACUCCUAUUUGCUAAGUGAAAACUUACCAAGUGCCAGAAUUUCAAUCCAGCUGUCUACUAACCAGAAUGCCUUAGGUACUACAUCACUACGAUGUCAACCAAAUGAAGAUAAAUAUUCUAUGAAAAGCUGCAGUUCUGAUUUUGUUUUUGGAGAAAACAUGGUAGAAAGAGUUUUGGGCACUCAAAAACUCACUCAGCCUCAACUCGAAAGUGAUUUAUACAUCAAGGAAAAACCAUUCAAAUUCACUUUAAAAAUUCCUAUCAACUCUCCAAACUCAAGAACAGACACUAUUGAAAAUAUAUCCCUAAUUGAAUCAGCUACUGCUUUCUCUUUUAAACCAUCACCAAAAUGUUUGCUGGAGAAAAUUGAUGUUAUAACUGGGGAGGAGGCAGAACACAAUGUAUUAGAGAUCAACUGCAAGCUUUUUAUAUUCAACAAAACAACACAAUCCUGGACUGAAAGGGGCAGAGGAGCUUUGAGACUGAAUGACACAGCAAGCAGUGAUUGUGGAACGUUCCAGUCAAGAUUAAUUAUGCGCAAUCAAGGCAGCCUGAGGCUGAUUCUCAACAGCAAACUCUGGGCUCAGAUGCAGAUUCAAAGAGCAAAUCACAAAAAUUUACAAAUAACAGCUACCGAUUUAGAAGACUAUAACGUCAAAGUGUUUUUAAUUCAGGCCAGUGCCAAAGACACAGGACGUAUGCAUGCAGCCAUCCAUCACCGUCUUGUUGCACUUCGAAGCUUCGACAAGCAGACAGAUGCAAAUCAAACUGAAAGCCAUUCAGAGACAGUUCUCCAACAGUUUAACUAUGAUAGCUGUGAUGAGGAUGAAGAGGAUCUCAUCCAAGCUACUAAAACUAGAUCAGAUUCUUCUAGGUGGACCCACAGACAGUCAGUUGCCUGUUCAUGACUACUGCUAUGAACAUGACAACAUCUGCAAAGAAAACACCUCACUGAGAAAAAUCACCUUGCUGAAAAAAACUAAACCAUCCUAAUCACUAAAUGAGAAGAUCCUAUUCAUUCUAUUCCUUGAAUGAUUUAACAGAAAAAUUUAAGAAAUAUAAUUUGUUGCAAUUAAAAUGUUUCUCUGAUGUAGUAUAAUAAUUAUGAGGUUUUAUAUUUUGAUUAUUGUGAAGAAAAUGGAAGACUUUAAGAAACACAUGGCCUAUGAAAGUUCAAAAUUUAUCAUUUUAAAAGAAGUUAAUUUAGAAUAAUAUUUGAUUACUAAUUUGGACUAUUCAUCACACUGAUGGAUACAAUACUUAAUACUGUAAAUUGCUGGAUUUGAUAAAUAUCUCACUAAGGUAUUUAUUGUUCAGUAAUAUAUUGUCUAGCCAUAAAACAUAUUUUACAAAAGUUCCAGAGUCAUUUCUUUGAAAAACAUUAUAACUGCAUGAUAACAUGCUAUUCUAUCAUGUUUUUUCUUCUGGGAAAUGUAUGUUUGCAUUUAACCUUUGGAUUCCCUAAUUCUAUAAGAUUAUUUAUUCAUGGUGUAAAUUCUUUUAAAGAGAGUAUCUAUUCUUGCAUUUAUGUCUAUUGCACUUUAAUAUAUGCUUGACUCAAGGUCAGUAUCCAAUUUUUGUUGAAGGAAUGAGCAAAAUACAUUAGCUAUGUAUUAAAAUAGUAAGUAUACAAAAAGUGAAAUAUGUUAAUGUGUUCUUUGCUUUACUUAUAUAAUUAAAUUUCCAUUAAUAUUCUAGUAGGUGUGGCUGUACAAAGACUUAAAAAAAUAUAUCAUAUGCAGCCAAAUUAAUUUUUUUCUUAAAUGCCAUUAUUAAGGUAAGCCACAGUAAUUUCAAUAAUUUCACA